CACACAAUAUAUUUGAACUGUUAUGUUGUGCUAUGGCAGCAUUUAUCAUGCGUCACAUGAAGGCUGCUCCAUAGCAAGUGAGAAGAAUCUUGAAUGAUAAGUGUACAUUAGUAUUUAGACAGUGUGGUAAUAAUAAACCACCUACAGAAACUACUAAACCAGUCAAAUCAGAAUUGUAAAAAAACAGGACACGAUGUCUUUUGGCAGCAGUGUCAGUUUUCAGUGCAAAUCCAAUUUUCGGAUGAAAUGAUUUUUCAUUGUCGCAGUAUCCUAGGAGGGUAGCAGGGAGAAAAAAUGAAGUGAAACUGUAUUCCAUGUUGAGGAUGGCAGGCUGGAGUAAAAAUUGUGGUACCAUGGUCACUGGUUUGAUUGUCAUACCUACUGAAAGGUGUAAUAGCUGUCAGCAGAUGAGUGAAAAUACUUUGGGUCACAUGUUCAUUUUCAUCAUCGCUGUCUGAGUCCCCUGUGAGCAGCAGCCCUUUGACUGAUGGAGGAUGUUAUACUGCAGAUAACCCUGCCGUCUUCAAAGUCAGUGCUGUUGGUUCUGUUUGUUUCCAGCUGAGGAAGGAACGAUAAAUCAUUCCUUACAAAAAGCAGCUCACACAAAAUGUGUUCAUGGCAUAAGUGUAAAUGGUAGUGUAGCUGACAAAAAAUAGCCAAUCUAGAUUCAGACCAUCUGUUUGUGACCAGUUAGCCCUCAGUGGCUACUGGCCAUAUACAGCAUAUGUGUACAUCAUGUACCUGCAGCUCCUUCACAGUAAAAUCUUUGUAUGCCAGUAAUGCUACUGUACUUCAACUACAAAGCUUCAGUUUGACAAAUUGAAUGCAUGUUCAUGCAGAUGCAGUACUCAGUGGUAUCAGCUCUUUAAAUGGUUGCUUCCUGCCAUUUUAAAACGUAUUCUAGCAAAGCAUUUAUAUAUUUUUCUCCUGUGUGUUUGAAUGAAUAACAAUUCAUAAGAAUGAUGGCCAUCUGAUUGAUUCUGAUCAUUUUAAGUAGUUAAUCAAAUCAAAAAUGCACAGUUCAACAGUUCUUGACGGUAAAUGUUUUACAAUGAGUGAUUUGAAGUCAAUAUGUUAAGCUCCAGAAAUUUGUGUGUGCAUUUUUAAUUAUACGAGACAUUUAUUGGCUGAUUAAUCUAGAUCUGCAAUCACUAGACGAUUAAUCGAUUAGUUGAGCAACAGAAAUGUAUCAAUUAUUUGUUCCAAAGUAAUUUUUCUUCCAGCUUGUCAGUUGUGAGGAUUUGCUGCUUUUCUUUGUCUUAUCUUUGUGGUUUGGGGGUGUUGUUGUUUGGACCAAACAAGACAUUUGAAGGCUUCUGGGAAAUGAGGUUUGUAUUGUGAGAAAUUGAGUAUUUACUACUUUCUGACAUUUCAUAGACAAAUUGAUUAAUGGAGAAAAUAAUCAGACGAUUGCUCGAUUAAUAAAAAUGAUUUUAAGUUGAGCUCUAGAUUAAUCAAAUAAUUGAACACAAUAAUAAAUUAAUUAGAAAUGAUGAACAUUAUCUGCAACCCUACACAGAGAACUGAUAUUGUCUGACUCAAGUGUGGUAUAUAAGUGCACUUCCUAAAAUUGUUCCCUUUUAAGGGUGUAGCACUUCAUUGCACUUCACAACUCAAGCCCUUGAUUCCCAAGGUGCCCAGCAGCAAUUAGUGUUUGCUGGUGUCUGUCACUAAGCAAGCAUUACAUUUUCAGGCCACCGAACAUAUGGUGUGUGAUUUUUAUUCCUUUUCUUUAUGAAGUAUGCUUUAAGGGCCUAAAAUGCUUCCACACAAUAGAGGAGAUGUGUAGACCUCUUCUCAUCUUUACACUCUGUCCUUCAAAUAAAUGUCCUAACUGAAUGUCCUCUGGAGAAUUGUCUUUUACAACAAUGGAUAGUGGUCUGUCGAACAGAAGGUCUUCUGGCUAGAAAGAAGCUUUUUUUUUUUUUUUUUUCAGGAAUUGAAAGCCUGUAGCGCCUCAUCAUCACCUCCCCCUGAAAACAAAGGGAGUUGUGAUUUGCAUAUCCACUUCCACUCCUUCCUCAUUUGCAUACAGCAAGAAUGGCGAGCGGGCAUCCCACAGACAAAUUCAGUUUCAUGUAUCAACCAGACACGCACAAGAGUAAGAACAGGUUAUCUUCAGCUAUGAAUCCAGUCUACAGCCCCGUUCAGCCUGGCACUCCAUAUGGAAACCCUAAGAACAUGGCCUUUACAGUGGAUUAUUUUCAAGUUGGCAGGCAACAUUACACAUGUCACCCUAAGAACAUGGCCUUUGCAGGCUAUCCAGGAGGGUAUCCUGCCACGGCUCCCACCUAUACACCCAACCUCUAUCAAACAGGCAGUCCUGGGUAUCCACCAGGAUAUACUUCAGCAGGCACCCCAUACAAAGUGCCCCCCACUCAAUCAAAUGGAGCACCCCCUCCCUACACCCCGACCCCAACCCCAUACCAAACAGCGAUGUACCCCAUCCGCAGUGCCUACCCUCAGCAGAACAUAUACGCACAGGGAGCGUAUUAUACCCAGCCAGUGUAUGCGGCUCAGCCACAUGUGAUCCAUCACACCACCGUGGUGCAGCCUAACAGCAUCCCCUCUACAGCCCUCUACCCCGCACCCGUCCCUGUACCUGCUCCCCGCAACAACGGCAUGGCUGCCAUGGGGAUGGUAGCUGGGACAACCAUGGCCAUGAGUGCAGGGACCCUGCUGACAACGCCCCAGCACCCCCAGAUUGGAGGACACCCAGUUACUGUGCCAACCUACAGGCCCCAAGGGACACCUGGGUACAGCUACGUACCGCCUCACUGGUAGAGCCCACUCAUCAUAUCUGGAGUCCACCAUCGUAUGCAACUGCUCAAAUCUUACACGGGCUCCCACUGGUAACCACGGGAACUCGGCACCUGUCUGCAAGAACAAAACUAAAGUGCAACAGCCACUUUACUAUUAUUGUUAUUGUUAUUAUGCGACAUUCUCUAACUUUUUUUUUUUUUUCCUCCAAAAGCUGCUUUUAUUUUUUUUUCAUUUGCCAACCAGUCAUUACCUUAUUUUGUAUGGUUUAUUUUUUAUUUUAUUUCCUUACUUUCUGUUGCUCUGUCUGUCAUUGGAACUCCAGAAGGACUCUUGACCAAUCACGGGUGUCAGUUGCUCCUGUUUCUGUGUUGUGCUGGUGUGUGUGGUCCUUCCUGCUGCUGCUCAGUUGGCUGGAAAAUAUUGGGCACUUAUUCCUCAUUAUCAUCUUCAUCGGUCACUACAAAGACUUGUUGACUUAUGCUGCCAAAUUUUCUAACGACUAGAUAUCAGCACAGGCUUUUAACAUAAUUAGGGUUUUUAUUUUUUUCAGGUUAUUUAAUUAUUUUAAUACUCUUUUCUUUAUACCACAUUACACCUGAAUUACUUUAUCUGUUUCUGUUUUUUCCUACCUUUUGUUCUUCCUUCCUCUUCAUCCUUUUUUUAAUUUUAUUUUUUACCUGUUUAAUUUUUCAGUUUUAUCUCAGUCGUCUUCCAGCGCGUAGCUGUCUGUCCGGCAGUAGUCAGUCUAUCGUCCCUGCCGUUACGUCUCCAUCUGAGUGCUAUGUCGCUAUGAGCAGAGCACUUACUGACCAUUACCCAUCCUGCUGCGUGUCCCACUGUGUCCACAUUAGCAUAGUACCGAGUACACACUAAGAAAACAUCACAUACUUCAUGCUACAUACUAUGCAGGCUAGUAUGUUGUGACACUAUCAACAUCUUAACCUUAGCGUAGGUCAGUACAUUUAGAAAAUGUACACAUAUUUAUAAUAACGGUGUCAACAGUAUGGGUGGUCAUGCACACUCUCUCUCACAUAAACACACACACACACACACACACACACACACACACACACACACACACACACACGGGGCUCCUGUGGUGUGUUGGAACACACAUGAUCACUUAGUGGCACUUGCUGUACAACACCUCCAGUUACAUUGUUACUGAUCAACACACAAGCAAACAUACACAUAUAUGACAUGGAUUUCUAGGAGUGUGCAUGGCAGACAGCAGAGAAGGAGUUUAAAGGGAUUGGUUUGGCAGUAAGGGAGGAGAGCAGGACGAGGAGAGGAGAGCAGACGACAAGGAAGGAGGAAGAGGUCACAUGUUCACAGUCGGUAAUUUCUUUUCAAGGUACAAGACAUUUGAGUUUGUGACGGCUCCCCUGCAAGGGACUGCACAAACACACUGCUGUUUUUGCACUACAUGUAUUGUACAUUGAUUUCCUCACUGUGAUUAUAUCGUCUCCUCCUCCUUCCUUCUUCGAGGCAAGGACCUAUAACCAAACGUUCAACAGAUAGAUAAAGACCUAGACUCUUGAAAAAAUAGUUGAUGAUGGACCAGUCAAAUGCAUGUGCUGAUAGAUGGAUAGGAUUUAAUCCACUAGUCCAUUUCACAGUGCUGUGAGUGCUGGAAAGACCAAACCAAUGACAUGGAUGGUUAUGCACCACACUUGGGGAAGCAGGCUGUAAUGUGUUUACACCUGGUCCAUGUCAUAGGGAUGAUUUCUUAAUCUCAGAUUUUGGGUCCAAAUUUGAACUUGGUGGGUGUUCCCAUGUGAAUAGCAAGAGCAGAAUGAGAGUACGGUCAUCAAAAAGGUGCUGAAUUUAGUGUUUAGGGUUAUAAAGAACAUUAAGAAAUAUUAGCAGGAGUGCAGAGCUGUCAUGAUGCAGUGUCACUCAGUUUUAAACCGGUUCAGUCCAGUUGGGGGUCCGGGAGCCAGUCCAGCAUGACCUCCAGGAGCUAACAGGAGGCCUUUUAGCGUUUUUAGUAGUUUUUAUGAAAAACAAUCAUCCCUUUGUUCACUGUGCUUUUUUUUUCCUUUUUCUGCAAGAGUUGGAGAUUGACACAUAUCUGCUUCUACUGACUGCAUUUAAACAUUAUUCUCCAUUUUUAAGAAUCCAGUAUGAACCUUGAUUUUAUUAAAAUUGUCAUUAGCUGAGGAUAAUAUUUGAGCCAAUGAGACAUGGACCAUAUACAGCCAUUUUUCUGUUGCCUUUUUAUGCUUCUACAUGUAAAGGCAUUAAUGUACAUGCAAAGGCAUUGGUGACCCAUCUUCAACACUACAAAUACACUGAGUAGUGGUGGUGGUGGUGGUGGUUUAAUAUUUAGGUGAGGCCUGUGGUAUUUUUCAGGAUUUACAAAAAAAAAUAAGACUCAAACCACAACUUCAUGAUCUGUACAGUACAGAUUGGUAUAACAGAAAGCAUUUACUGCGCGGGUAUGUAGACGAAGUGGUUUGAUAUUGCAAUAAAAUAAGAGGGAAUGCCUCAACUGUUAACAUACAGUAAUUAUUUUAUCAGCGUUUUGAAUUGAUUUAAAAAAAAAAGCUUAUUGUAAUCUCUAAAUAUGGAUUACAGGCUCUGUAUGCAGCCUUCAUUCAAUAAUUAUUACAGUUACUGCUAAGAAGAGUAGAACAUAUCAAGAAUUUGGGUAUUGAAUAACUUUGUGAGGAAAUAUUGCACAACAUAAAACAAAAAAAAAACUUGAUGACUAUAAUUUAAAUGCUAAGUAACAGGUACCUAGGCUUUGUAGUGCAGGAGGGAGGAAGAAGCAAUUUAUAUUGUAAUUAAAAAAUAAAACAAUAAGGUCGAGUGUUUGAGGUAUUCUUAGUCCAGAUGUUUGUACACUAGUAGAUUAAUUCUCAAGAAAAUAUUACAUAAUGCUGCUGUCGGAUGAAAACUGUCGAUCCUUGAGCCUUAUUUUUUAAACGACCCUUGUAUUUUAGAAGAUCUCAAGUGGGUGUUAUCGGCAUGAGGGUCAUAAAAUGUUCCCACCAUGUAAGGAUCUUGUAUAUUUUAAUUCAAGCCAGUAAAACUGAAAAGUCAAACUGGAUUUUCUUGCGACAGCAGUAAUAUUACUCGUCAUUAGGAUUUAUUUAACCAACCACUACUUCUGUCAGUAUUUCUCAGUUAAAUCUUAUGGUUUGUUUUGGGUUUUUUUUUUUCCUUCUUUCCCUCUGGUCAAUUGAGCAUAAUGGGUAUGCAUAAUAUUCAGGUGUAUUUCACUAUAGCAUUGGAUCUCUAAGUUUAAAAAAAAAAAAAAAAAUGCAGUAUAUUUAUACAGCAAGUGGUACAGUAAUGUAUUUCUAGCUAAGCAUGGUUGCAUCAGUGUGGCAGCUACUGUUUGUGCUUUUAAUAUUCUUUUUUUGUUUUACCUCUUCUGCAUCUGUGUCGUCUACAUAUCUGUCACUGAGGGGAGGGGGAGAAGUUAAGACGAGGUCUAGUAAAGAAGCUUUAGGACUUGUGGAAAUUCUUGUCACCAAAUCCCCACAUUUUUAUAAUUAUUGCCUGAAUUUACUGACCUCGAGGAAGCAGAGGAUUAAUGACAGAACUGAAAUGGAUAGCAUUUUUUUUUUUUUUUUUGGUUCACUGUAUAAGGUUGCCGUGAUGCUUUUGGAAGCCACCUUUACGGUCCUUUUUCCGUUCUGCGGGUGCGAAGAUGUAAUGAGCGACAACGAAAACCCUCAGCCUCCAUGACUUUUGUUCUGUGCCAUAUUUCACCAACAGUUGUUCGAUUAAAAAUAAGUUUCUUCUCCUAAUUAACUGGUGAAUUCUGAGUCCUUGUUAUGUCUAGCUUCCUGUGAAAUCUGUGUUUUUCCUAUUGCUGUCCUAUUUCUCACAUUGUUGUUAAUGCAUAUUGCCUGUCUUACCUUUUUAUCUUUCUUACUGUUACCUCUGUGUUGAUCCUAUUUUUAAAUUUGUGCCACAAAUCCCUUCAGAGGCCAUUUUGCAUCCCGCAAACCAUUCAAACAUUUAUCACAUUCAAGGAUGCAAAUUGGUGCACAUGUUCUGCUCGCUCCCUGGUCCACCUUUACCUUGUUUUUAUUUUAUUUUUAAACCCUCUGCUCUCUGUCUUGUGUUUUUUUUUUUUUUUUUUUUUUUUGGGCCUUUUAUGUGCUUUCAGUCUGACCGUUGGAACCUCCCCCGUCUCAGUCGUCAUAUUGAACUAUAUGAUGGUCAUUAAAUUGGUGUCACUCACAGCGAUGAUCUGUUGUACUUUAUUGCCAUUUCUGAAAUUUCCACUAGAUGUCGCCAGUGACAAAGUCUGGAAGUGGUACCACCAUGGUUCAAGGCUCUGACAAAAAAUUGUUAUUGGUAUGAUUAACAUUUAAGAAUCUCAACUGGAUGCCACAUUUUGAGCACUGAGAUGUUUUGGGGGGUGGUGAGGGUCUUUUUUCCAAAUUAAAAGUCUUAUUUCCUUUUAAGACACUUUCAGAAAUGGUAUUUUAGACAACAAAAAACAGACCUCACAAGGUUUAAUUUGUUUUUAUUGGAGGAGAUGAUCAUUUAAGAGUUUUUUGCUUUUCUGUGCUCGGGACCAAUGCUCUUAAAAACUGUAAUUCUGUUUUUAACGUGGAGGCUCAGUAGAAAGGCAGACCCACGGAGCAUUUCGGAUAGUUGGGUUUUAAGGGUGGUGAAACUGCUUCCUCAUUUCACUCCAUUCUUUGCCUCUCAUUUCUUUCAAUUUGCACUUAAGUUAAAAUGGACAGUUGAACACUUUGAUGUGUUUUUAGAAGGGGAAAUGCAAAGUUGUCUUAAUCAUGGGUCUUUUUAUCAUCUUUUUAUUGGCCAUCAUUCAGUCCUUGGUGAUUUCCAAACACUGAAAGGUGGUCAUUUUAACUAGGAUUACUUCUUUUUUUCUCCACAUAUUUUAACCUUGCGCUUAUUCACUUUGACAGUGAAAAUGCAACCAGAACCAUUCAUAACACCUCCUGUCCUUCCAUCUACCCUCCUCUCCCUCUCUCCUUCUUCUUUGCCUUGCAGUUGCUAAGUCUAAGGUUUUAUUUCCUUUCAUGAGUAUAAAUUAAAACACUACUAUCACAGUGAAUAGUAGGCUCUUAAAUGUCUUCGAUGUUCUGCUGCAGCUUUUUUUAAUUUCAAUUUGUCAGAGAUAUCUCUUAGUUUUAAUUUGACACUAAAUGUGAUGCAAAAAGUGGAAAUUCCUUGUCUUCCAAAAAACAGCAUACUUGUAUCCCCACUGGAUCGAGUAUUAGGAACAACCCCAUCUUUGGAAGUUUUAGUUUGGUACCCAGUUUGCACAUGCUAUGGUAUAUCUGUUACCGUAAGGUUGUGUUUGAAACAGAAGCCCAACGUCUGUUCAGCGUUGAGAGAAGUGAAUUGUAUGUUAGCUAUUUGGUCCGGAGUGAAGGACCAGCGUCAGGCUUGUGAUAUGAAGUGUAAAUCUGUUUUUAAUUUUUGUUUUUUUACGUUUUUUCGUUGUUGAGGGUUUUUCUUUCUUUUUUUUUUUUUUUUGUUUUUUUUUUAAGAUCAGUUAGUGAUCUUAGUACUAUAACUAAGCCAAGUUUGUAAUUGUAUAUUUACUGUAAAAUGUAGAACAUUGAAUAACUAUUAAAAUUUUCCUAUAAAAGGAA